AGAAAUCGUUAACCACAAAUGUUUUCAGUGCUGGAAUUAAAUUUGAAAUUAGAUUAUAAGGUGAAGAGACAGUUUAAACAGAGAUUAAGUGAAUUAAACAAACAUGUUGAUCUGGAAAUAGAGGAGGAGGAUUGAUUUUGUCCGGUUUUCGUUACCACUUAAAGAAAGGACAGCGUUCUAAGCAAACACACAUGCUGUUAUGAAUAUAACAAACAUAUUCCGAGUAAGUUAUUAUGACUUCCGGGCAUAGAAUUAAUUGCAUGUCGGAUAUCACCUAAUUGAGAGUGGAAUUUAUGUUUGUUUACGUAAUUAAUCGAACAUGUUGUUGACAAAAUAAUGAAUACCUCAAGGGAUGUAAAAGCAGCAAAAUAACAAAUUGUUUUCUGGCCUUUAAUACCAGUUUAUAAGGAAGAUAUGUCGUGUUCUCAGUGUGACAAAUGCAGACUGGCUAUCUGCGAUCCAGGACGAUAUGGAAUAAAUUGUAACGAAACUUGUAACCCCAACUGUCGUGCGGUUCCCUGCUCAUCUUGCGCAUGCGCAGUGUGUGACAAACUUUCCGGAAACUGUACUAACGGAUGUGAUUCGGGAUGGUUCGGUGCUAAAUGUGAGACAAUAUGUCCAGAGAGUUGUGUUGAUACCGGCGGACUUGCGGAUGUGUGUGCUCGCGGGACAGGAAACUGUUUAUUCGGAUGUAAGAAAGGUUACUAUGGUGAUAUGUGUAAUACCACGUGCCCUGUAGAAUGCACGGAUUUAUUGUGUGAGAAACCAAACGGGACUUGUAUCAAUGGAUGUAUUGACGGCUACAGUGGCGACAUUUGCGGCGCUCCGUCAACAGUUAAAACUGGUCUGGACAACGAUGAGAUUGCCGGUGCUGUUGGCGGUGCAUUUGUCGUCAUCUUGUGGGCAGCCGUGGUCAUUAUACUUAUAUUUGUAAUCUGGAGGAGACGUUUAAAAGACUAUGAAGUAUUCAAUAGAAACACCAACUUCUCCAACGAUUCAAACAGAAGUUCUAGCAGACGACGUUUACGGCGGCAAAGUAGCAGUUCGUCUGUCAGUGGAACAGCUAACCAUGUAUUAGCAGAAGAACAAUUAAAUGAAGGCCAGAGUCUGGUACCGUUGCAUUACAACAGGCAUAGACCACUGCACGGGAAACGGUCGGUGACCUUUGACACGGACUCGCCUGAACACUGCACGUGCACUUACGGUGGAUCAUCGCGCGACUUUUAUGUGUGUCAAGGCGCGGAUGCGGGUAAUAUAGACUACGAACAAGAUUUACAAAAUCAUUUGCACGAGUUUCACGUGCAUUUUACAAAUGAGCACCAGGAUAAUUUACACCCAGCAAGGAGGGCUUCUUCGGAAGGGGAUUUAAGUGAAUUAUCAGCGGUGUGGAAGCCUAUACGAUAUUGAUUAGCGUAACUUAUAAUGUUGUUUCCGUAUUAACAAAUAUUUUUUUGUAUGGAAAAAGUAACAUUUUUAUAUACUGAUAAGGACAUAUUUUUUGCUCAGAUGUUUUUUGAAUUCAAGGAGUCUUAUAAUUCAUUCCGUGAAUAUAGAUAUUUUUCGUGUUUCUUGUAUUGAGUGGGAAUUAGAUGGAUAUGAUAGGUGUGUACCAAAGCUCCUGAUGAGGCGAUUAAGGGGUAAGCUGUAGAAGUUCACAAUGAGGCAAAGAAGGGGUAAUAUUCAGAAUUAAAAGGAGAGAAAUCUAUAAACCCAUAGAGAUAUCCAUCUUUAAUUUGGAUAAAACUAAUUAUUAUUUGUCGGGGAAAUUGGUAAUCAUUUACUUACUGAAAAUCGAACAGUGCAGACCAUGAUUAGAUAGGAAGGAUGUACCGGCAGAUCUUUGUGUGCACUGGUUGAAUGAGUAGAAAUUAUUGCCGCUAGAACGAUAAAGGCUAACAUGGUCCAAAUUUCCUUUAUUUCAAUCUGAUUUGCAUAUUGAAGUAUGUUAUUCAUUGUUCUCGAAUGGUAUGAAUAAGGUAUGUUGAAAUAAAAAUGAAAAAUAUAA